CACGUCAUCGGCGCUUUUUUUGAACGACCAAUCAAAAUCGAGGAUGAGGCAAGGCUAAAAGUAUAAACCGAACUCAAACUGAAACAAACUGAAACAUGUCGGACGAAAGCUUGAUAACAGCUGUGAGCGAGUGUCCGGUCCUGUACGACCUCACGUUGAAGGCCUACCACGACCUAACAAAACGCAACCAGGCCUGGCGAGACAUUUCAUCUAUGCUGGGCGUUACAGCUGAAGUGUCCCGCAAGAAAUGGAAGUACUUGCGGGAUAAAUAUUUGAGGGAGAGGAAGGCAGAGAGGGACAGGAAGAAAAGUGGGGCCGGUGCCACCUCUUUCAAGAGGUGGAAGUAUAUGGCGAUCAUGGGCUUCCUGGAGCUCCAUGUGAAGGAGAGGGUAUCUUCUAGUAAUAUGGAGCAGGGAGAUUAUAGCCGGCAGGAAAUAGCACCGGAGAUCUUGGCCCUGCUAGCGCCCAGUAUGUCUCCCCAACGAGAGGUAGGCCUAUAACAAAAGCUAUAGUAGCCUAAAACAUAUGCUAAAAACAUACCCUAACAUACUAGUGUUCUUAAGGUUUUUGUUGGGUGAAGCCAGAUGCAGAGAUAUUUAUAAGUAUUCACCAUUUUAAUUUGCACAUUUUAAACAAACAAAUGUAUGCUUUCUUUCACAGGUGGUGGCUCAAAGUGAAGAGGAGAUACCUCCUCCCUCUCACAGCCUAUCAGAGUCCGCUGUGGACACCUCUCCUCCAUCUCCUCCCACUACCUCUACGGUGACUCUGGUCACACCGCUGCGUCCUGUACCUCCACCACCACGCAGGAGACAGCUGGAGCAGCCGCUGUCUGUGUUCCAGCAAUCAAUCCUGUCCUCCCUCGAAAAAGAAAAGGAGA